AUGCCCCGCAAGACCAGCGGCUGCUGGACAUGCAGGGCUCGCAAAAAGAAGUGCGACGAGGCCCGCCCGGCCUGCUCAUCUUGUAGAUUACGUUCGAUAACAUUCUACGGCUAUGAUGCAAAGCCGGUUUGGAUGGAUGGCGGUCCAACCGAGAAGAACAUGAUGGGCACCCUCCAGCGACGCAUCAAGGAGAGUUACAGACUACGGCGCACUCGAAGGUGCAAAACCACCGCUGCCAAUAACGACUCUCUCUGCAACUAUGACUCUAGCUCAGGGGCUGCAACUGGUCGGUCUUUCGUGGAAUCCCCGUCGCCAGAUUCAUCAUCAUGGACCCAGCGGAGCUCAAUCUUGAUGCUGGACAGAUCUUCCCAGCGGCUACAACGCACCACACCUCCAUACGAUCGAGAUUGCUGUCUUGCGAUCAGAAAGUCUCAUGAGCCUAGAAGAAGCAAUCUCGGCUUGCUCUAUUCUAACUCGACAUACAUAUCGAAUCGAUGCAGCACUGACCCUAGCCCUCCUUCCUUUGCGCCCAUCUCGUUUACCGAAUCCGAACUCAACCUGAUUAUGUAUUACUUAGAUCACAUUUUUCCACGUGUUGCUCCCUUCUUCAAAUACUCGGCAGCAGACAAUGGUCGAGGGUGGCUUCUCAACCUGUUUCUACGCAUCCGACCCCUAUACACCGCGGUCGUUUGUCUGAGUGCGUGUGACAAAGCACAAUUCCUCCUUGGACCGCUUACUGAUGUUCCCCAACCUUACCACGACCUGGAGAUGCAGCAUCUGCAAAGUGUGGCUGAUCUGCGCGACCAUCUCGACCAGUUGGCCACAAAGACAGGUGCUAGUCAGAUGGCAGCCGGGGUUGAGGCGCUCGUGUGUAUCAUUCACCUCAUAUUUUUUGAGCUCUGGAUUCCCAGGAGAGGUUUUGGGGUCAGCGAUUGGACAAUGCAUCUCGACGCCGCCAGCGCUCUUCUGUCAACUCUUGAUGUUGCCUCGAACUCAAUCAUCCCAGGCAAAGGAAAUACAACGCCUAUACCAGCAUCCCCGUCUGAAGGGUUUGACGACUCUAUCCGAACCGAUAUCCCCGUCCACCUCCUCUCUGACAGCGAACAGUCUGCUUUCACCUUUUUCCUUGAUUGGUAUACUUACGUCUUUGUCUGUGCUACCGCCACCUUCGGAAUGACUCCGCAAUCGGCUCAAGCUAUUGGCCGCAUCAGAGCUAUCUAUCAGCCCGAGAAGGACAAGCUCAGGGACCUGCGUGGGUGCGAGGACUGGGUUCUCCUCACCAUUCUCGAAAUCGCUGUCCUGAAGGACUGGAAACAGAAAGCCUCACAGGCUGGCACACUCAGUCUACGGGAACUUAACCGCCGUGCAGCCUUGAUUGAGAGGAAACUCCAAGAUGGUGCCGCGCGAUGUGCUCGUCCUCUACGACGAUCAUCAUCGAUGCCAUCCUCAACUUCGUUUUCCAUACCUAAUGGCGGCACUCUGGGCACCAAUUCCACUUCAACUCCGUCAUCUUCAGCAUCGGCAGGUUUAUCACGGGACGAAGAAUUCCGAAUGAUUACCAGCACAUUUAUCCAUGCUGCCCUUGUAUUCCUUCACGUCGUCGUCUCGGGGUACUUCCCUAACAUACCCGAAAUUCGAAACUCUGUCCUUCAGACAUUGGCCGCACUCGAGUACAUGCGCACUUACUCGGCGCAUAACAUCCCCUCUUGGCCAUACUGUGUAGCGGGUUGUCUGGCCUUGGAAUCAGAGUAUUCACGCUUCCGUGCACUAUUUCCGCCAUUUGAAGAAGGCACGCAUCCCCUGGUCAUGACAAUGUGGACACUGGAAAUCCUAGAGGAGUGUUGGAAGACUCGAGCAUCGCAGCCAGGAGGCAGAGAGAUAUGUAGUUGGGUCGCCGCUAUGAAUCAACUAGGUACUCGGCUUUUGUUGCUUUGAGUGGCAUGCUAGCAUAUCUCUUGCAAGCCACAUGCCGACUACAUGAUCUUCUGUUUAGCAGCUAGUGACGUUGAAAUCAAGUCUACCAGACCCAGAAUCUUUUCUUCUUGGAGUCUCCGCC